AUGGGGAAAGCAACGCCGGCAACGACGACGGCGAAGUCACUGCUUUUGCGCGCUUACUCUUUAGGCAAAUACACUGCCUCCAAAUCCAUUGUUGAACCCAAAAAUGAUGGUAUCGUUGAACACGAGAUCAAAUCCGAUGACCAUUACGGUUUCGGGCCCGUAUGCCCCGAAGCAGUUGAUCACCAAAACCCGAACCCGAAACUCUUACGUCAAAUCAUCAUUGACCGAGUCUUCCGCGGAGUCUCCCCUUAUUCGGAUUUCCCGCCACCCCACGUUGAAAACCUCCUCCAGCCCAGUAACAUCCGGGGCUGGGGAUCCACGGCAGCUGUUUUCCGGAACCUGAUCCAGAAGGUCAGGCCAAAGAUCAUAAUCGAGGUGGGCACUUUCCUGGGCAUGUCAGCGCUCCACAUGGUGGAGCUGACCCGCGAGUUGGGCCUACACGAUACCCAGAUCAUCUGCGUCGACGACUUCCGGGGCUGGCCCUUGCUUCAGGAAGACAGGGAGAUCAGAAUCCUGAACGGUGACGUCAUGCUGCUCUACCAGUUCAUGCAGAACGUGAUCCAGGCCAACGCGUCGGAGUCGGUGAUCUUCUUGCCGUCCGCUACUGGGCUGGGCCUUGACAGCUUCUGCCAGUGGGGAGUUUACGGUGACUUGAUCGAGGUUGAUGCCGGCCAUGAUUUUCAUUCCGCUUGGACGGAUAUUAACCUGGCUUACAAGAUUCUCCGGCCCGGCGGCCUGCUUUUCGGCCACGAUUACUUCAACCAGGUCGACAACAGAGGUGUCCAGAGGGCUGUUGACUUGUUCGCCAAGAUUAAGAAUCUCAGGGUGGAAACCGAUGGCGAACAUUGGAUUCUCUAUGAUCGCUCCGUUGAAAAUUAAUUCGUAGUUUGAGUUUUGAGAUCGGUAAAUCUUAAAACUCAAUAUGUACUGUUUUGUUGAAUAGAUGGAGCGGUAUUUUUCCUUUCCUGAACUGUUACGCUUAGAGUGUUUAUCGUAUUUGGUUUGGAAUUCCUUUCAUGUCAGGUGAUAGUAAAAUUUUAAUGAAAGUAAGAACAACAAUAAAAUGUUACUCCCCUUGUCCCGAA